UCCUCAACAUAUAUUCAAUACAUUAUAUCACUUACCCGAUCCAAUACCAGCAAAUAAUGAACAUUAUAAAAAUUUUGAGGAUGUUUAUGGUACAGAUACUCAUGAAUCAUAUUGUCCAUCUAUACAGGCUCGUAAAGCAAAAUCGGACAAAAAUAAGAAAGAUGAUAAUAUUUUAUUAGAUAUGGAAUCAGAGGAAGGAGAAGUCUCAGAUGAAGAGUUUAUUUUAGUAGAUAAUAUAAAUACCUGUACCAAGAGGGAUGAUAUGGAUCAAAAAUUAAGGAAUGUCUUAUCUAAAGUAUUUGUAAAUGCAGC